AUGGCAUCCGUUAGCAACAUUCGCAACUUCAUUCAUCGUGCAAUUCAUGAGCCAGAUUCAGCAAGACAAUAUCGAAUCAAUCCACCACCGGAAGGCGGCAAGAAUCCUGCAAGACCGGUGCGAAUUUAUGCUGAUGGUGUUUAUGAUUUGUUUCACUAUGCACAUGCACUACAAUUACGUCAAGCCAAGUUGAGUUUCCCUUGCGUUCAUUUGAUCGUUGGAGUAGUUUCAUCAGAGUUGUGUGCGGCACACAAAAAUGCACCUGUGAUGACAUCGCAAGAAAGAUAUGCUGCCGUUCGAAAUUGUCGUUGGGUUGAUGAAGUGAUCGAAGAUGCUCCUUGGGUGAUCAAUCAAGAAAUUUUGGAUAAAUUAUCGAUUGAUUAUGUGGCACAUGAUGAUUUACCUUAUGCAGGAGCAGGAACGAGUGCGGAAAUGUCAGACAUUUAUUCGUUUUGCAAAGAUCAAGGUAGAUUUUUACCUACUCAACGUACUGAAGGCGUUAGUACGAGUGAAUUAUUGGCAAGAAUCGUUGAACAAUACAGAAAUCAUAAUUAUGAUCAAAAAUUGGCAAAGAUUGGUCAUGAAGAACUUGCUUUUCAUUAA